AUCCUUAUUCACCCAUGCAGACGUCAAAAUGACCGAAAUAUUUUCGUCAGUUCUUUCUGUAGAUGUGAGUGUCGCUUUUACCCUAAAAAGUGCACGUAUGAGCUUGACAAAAAUGGUGUUGCACAACACAUGGCCUGUUUUGAGCUUUUGCAGGUUGAGUCCUUGAUGGAGAUGUUUUCAGGAGGUCCCCUGGAACACAAAGUGAUGCAAAAGGCCGGUUGUCUGGACUACUCUCCAACAGAAUGGGAACUUGUAGGAUGCAAUAUCCAGCAGCGGCAAACCAGCUACAAAUUCGACAAAACCUUGUCUCGGUACGGAGGGGAAGCGACCACCACUCAGCAGAAGUAUACCCUGGUGAACCGAGAUGGCUUGGCCAUUGAAGAGGUGAUGACCCUACAAGGUGUUCUACUGGGAGACUACUUCAGUCUCCAGCUGAAGUACCAUAUGGUGAACGUGCCAUCGAAACCAAAUACCUGCAAUGUGCAGGUUUUGUUGGGGAUUGCCUGGUUAAAGAGCACCAAGCAACAAAAGAAGGUCACGAAGAAUAUCAUCUCCAAUUCAUCAAAUAGAUUGAAGGAACUCUUUGCUGAACUCGAGAAGGAGCUCACAUCAAGAAACGGUGCAAGCUAACAUUUGUACAGCACCAAAAGUAGGUUGGCCAUUCCAUCAAUCAAAUGUGCUUGAAGAACCCAGCAGAGAUGAGAUCUCUUCCUGUUUGCGGUGUCACAUGCUUCGGCUAAAAGUGACAUUGCCGGUGGAGCUUCGGCUAAAAGUGCUUCAAUGUAAAUAGAUUUUCAGAAACCCUUCAUAGGAAGUGGUGCAGAGUGGUAUAUGCCCAGCUGACAUAUACUACACACAUGGUAUAGUUAAAGGAAGCUAAUUUUCAUUCAAGGAGGUUUUGCUCAAUGCCACGUCAAUCUCAUGUAAAACAGGAAAAGUGGGAAAUAUGUAAGAUCUCAUUU